AUGACGGCGCGCAAGGGGUGUCUGUUGAAGCUAAAGAAGGAGCUCGCGUCUUUCCUCAAAGACCCUCCGCCGCACAUCCCGCUGGUGCAUGUGAACGAACGAAACAUGCUGGAGUGGCAUUUCCUCCUAGAGGGUCCCCCCGACACGCCGUACGAGGGCGGGUGGUAUGUUGCGAAGCUGCGCUUCCCCCAUGACUACCCCUUCCGCCCGCCCGCCAUCCUCAUGCUCUCGCCCUCCGGCCGCUUCAAGACCAACACGCGCCUCUGCCUCUCCAUCUCUGAUUUCCACCCGGGUGAGUUCACUCUCCGAUGUAAACUCAAGGGUGAGCGUGUCUGGGACGAUGAUAAGCGGGCGUUUGCGCGUGAGUCAGUGUCGUUCAUCCUGGACGAUGACAAGCGGGCGUUUGCGCGUGAAUCAGUGUCGUUCAUCCUGGCCUCCCCCCAGCUCAGCGCCAUGUUCCCAGAGCUGCCGCAGCUGGUGCAGGCGCAGAGAGAAAAGGGGGAGAAUGGGGAUAAGGGGGAGAAGGGGGAGAAGGGGGGAGCGAAAGGGAAGGAGAGGGAGAAAGGGGAGGAGGGGGAGGGUGAAGAGGAGGGGGAGAAGCGGGGGCAGGAAGAGGGCGAGCAGGGAAAAGGGCAACGAGGGGAGGCAGGCAGCGGAAGCGAAGGGCAAGAGGAGAAGCGAGAGGGAGAAGAGAGAGGAGAGGAGGGUAGUGGAGCAGCAGCAGCACCAGCAGCACCAGCAGCAGCACCAGCAGCAGCAAAAGCCUCGAGAGCCUCCUCCAUUGGUUCAUCCCCAGGCCUAAGCCCUGCCUCCUCCUCUUUCCUGCAUUGCCUGCUCUCUGCUGAAAGCAGGCUGCUGGGAAGACAAGGGGAGCAGAUGCUGCCAGGAGGAGUCCGUGAGGCGGUGGGGUGUGAACCAGAUGCUGCAGGGGGAUCUCGUGAGGAUGAUGGUGCUGCUGCUGCUGCUGCUGCUGCUGGGGAUGGUGGUGGUGGUGAGGGUAGUAGUGGCAGUGGCGGAGGUGGUGGUGGUGGGAGGAGAGUGGUGGAGGGAGGGGAUCCCGAGGGAGCUUUGGAGGAGCUUGAAGGGAUGUUGAGAGAAGGGGAGGAUGGAGAGGCUGGAGGAGAGGAGGGAGAGGUUGACGCGCAAGGGAGUGAUUUGCACAAGUGGAAAGACCGGCUACUCAUGUGCAAGGCUGAAACGCUGGUGGUCACUGGAGACUUCGACAAAGCCCUCUCCAUCCUCUCUUCCCUCCACCACCACCUCCUCCUCCUCCACUCCCCUUCACCUUCCCCCUCUCCCUCCGCCUCUACUUCUCCUGCUCUCACACAAGCUGCUGAACGCAGUGAGGAGGAGGGCAAUGCUGGGCCGUGGGUGGUAGGUGCUUUGUCCUGGCUGCGACCCCAAGUCACGGUGGAAGAGGUCGAAUCAUUCCGGGUGCGAGUGGAGGGUGCAGGCCGUCACAGAGCCAGGGGAGCAGAGCAGUACAAGAAACGGUCCCUGGCAGCAGCAGUGCGCGCAUUCUCCACAGCCAAGUCCUUUGUGCUCUCCUGCGCCGCCCUCCAUUUCAACCUCGCCGCCGCGCUCGCUGCCCUCGCCCGGCACGAGGAGGCAGUAGCAGCGUGUGACGAGGCACUUGCGCUGAUUGCAACACACAGCAAGGCGAGGAAGAGGCGUGCUGACAGCCUGGCAGCACUGGGCAGGCAUGCAGAGGCGGCAACAGAGUACAUGCUGCUGCUGCAGCUGCAGCCAGGGGAGAGAAAGUGGGAGCAGAUGGCAGAAGAGCAGAGGAGCAAGGCUCAGAGUACUGCUGGAGGCAGCAGCAACAGCAACAGCAGCAGCAGCUAG